GGAGCUCCAGCACAAGAGUCGCGGGAGUGCGACUAUUGGAGGAGGACUGGCAGCUGCCUUAACCGUAACUCCUCCUCCGCUCCCCGAACCUCUCGCUCCAAGUCUUCAUUCCAGUACUCAAACGGAGCGAAGCAACAGCCUUGCGGAGGUACACCAAGAAUUCGCUCAGGGAAUUACAGUGUCCGUAAAAAAAAGGUUUGUUGUAUCGCUGGAUUAAGACCCUCACGUGCACAUUUAUGUGGACUACAUUAUGGUAGGCCUAUCUGUACAACAAGAAGAAAUAACAUUGUAACCGAAUCUACAACCUGCGGAUUUGCUUUGGAACAAUUCAGACGCACCAGACAACACCAUUAAGUCCACCCGGCAUCAGAACAUCAGUGUUUUUUUGUUGCGUGUGGCCAGAGCAAAGAGGGUAACUACCCCGUUGUUACACUCAAUGCGAAGCAUACGUGGUGUAAGACUUUAGCUCUGUCUUGGUUAGGCGGCAUACCCCCUUGUGAGAAGGGUAUCAGAGUUUUUCCAUUUCAUUUUUUCUUUCUUUUUUGUGGAGAUAACCCUGGAGCAAGUUUUUCUGGGGACAAGUUAACAUUUUUCGGGAUUUCACAAAAACUCUCACAGGAACCUGUUUUCAUGCCCGAACAUACUUUAUGACAAUGGAUUAUUUGCUAUUUUUAUGCAGCGUUUUGCUGCCCGUGGUAUUAGCUGUUGAAGAAACUCUGAUGGACAGUAAGUGGGCUACAACAGAGCUGGCCUGGACAUCGCAUCCAGAGACUGGGUGGGAAGAGGUGAGCGGGUAUGAUGAUGUUAUGAACCCCCUAAGGACUUACCAGGUCUGCAACGUGAUGGACCAGAACCAGAACAACUGGCUGCGCACCGACUUCAUCCCUCGCAAGGACGUUCUGCGGGUCUACGUGGAGCUCAAGUUCACUGUGCGUGACUGCAACAGCAUCCCCAACAUCCCAGGAUCCUGCAAGGAGACCUUCAACCUGUUCUACUACGAAUCCGACACAGACAGUGCCACCGAGACCACCCCGUUCUGGAUGGAGAACCCCUAUGUGAAGGUGGACACCAUCGCCCCCGAUGAGAGCUUCUCCAUGCUGGAAUCCGGGCGGGUCAACACCAAGGUGCGGAGCUUCGGUCCUCUCUCCAAGGCCGGCUUCUACCUGGCCUUCCAGGAUCUGGGGGCCUGCAUGUCGCUCAUCUCCGUCCGCGUCUUCUACAAGAAGUGCUCCACCACCAUCGCCAACUUCGCUGUGUUUCCCGAGACGGCCACUGGGGCCGAAGCCACCUCACUGGUCAUCGCACCGGGGACCUGCGUGCCCAACGCCGUGGAAGUGUCCGUCCCGCUCAAGCUGUACUGCAACGGCGAUGGGGAAUGGAUGGUUCCCGUGGGCUCGUGCACCUGCAUGGCCGGGUUCGAGCCUGCCAUGAAGGACACACAAUGCCAGGCUUGCAGUCCUGGGACCUUUAAGUCGAAACAGGGGGAGGGGUUCUGUUCCCCCUGCCCUCCCAACAGCCGCAGCAGCUCCGGAGCGUCCAACCUCUGCUCGUGCCGAAACGGCUUCUACCGGGCUGACAGCGACUCGCCGGACUCUGCCUGCACCACCGUUCCCUCAUCCCCCCGGAACGUCAUCUCCAACGUGAACGAGACCUCGCUCGUCCUGGAGUGGGGAGAGCCGCGGGACACGGGCGGGCGGGACGACCUGCUCUACAACGUCAUCUGCAAGAAGUGCCUCCCCGAGCGCGGCGUCUGCUCGCGCUGCGACGACAACGUGGACAUCUCCCCGCGCCGCCUGGGCCUGACGCAGCGGCGGGUGGCCGUGCGGAACCUGCAGGCCCACACCCGCUACAGCUUCGAGAUCCAGGCCGUCAACGGCGUCUCCAGCAAGAGCCCCGCCUCCCCGCAGUACGCCGCCGUCAACAUCACCACCAACCAGGCCGCUCCUUCAGCUGUGCCCACAGUUCACCUAAUGGGAGCCACAGCAAGUACCAUGAGCCUCUCCUGGCUUCCUCCAGAAAAACCCAACGGAAUCAUUUUGGAUUAUGAGAUCAAGUACCACGAGAAGCUGCAGGGACAAGGCGAGGCCAUCGCCCACACGGUGACGGCCCAGCGAAGCUCCGCCCGGGUGGAGGGGCUGAAGGCCGGCACAUCCUACGUGGUGCAGGUUCGAGCGCGGACCGUGGCGGGAUACGGGCGAUACAGCAGCCCUGCGGACUUCAGCACUAACCUGCAGAGUUAUCCAGAGAAGUCAAUACAGGAGCAGCUGCCCCUCAUCAUCGGCUCGGCAACCGCCGGCCUCGUUUUCAUCAUCGCCAUCGUCGUCAUCGCCAUCGUCUGCCUCAGGAAACAGCGCAGUGGCUCAGAGCUGGAGUAUACAGAGAAGCUUCAGCAGUACAUCACUCCUGGGAUGAAGGUCUAUAUCGACCCCUUCACCUACGAAGAUCCAAACGAGGCCAUCCGCGAGUUCGCCAAAGAGAUCGACAUCUCCUGCGUGAAGAUCGAAGAGGUCAUCGGCGCAGGUAACCAACACAGGCUCCUCACCAGCAGGGGGAAGACCGCUAAGCACUUCCAGGCCAUACCGUUAGAGGACUUCACUUCAAGCGGAGAAUUUGGAGAGGUCUGUCGUGGCCGGCUCAAACUCCCGGGCCGGCGGGAAAUCAUAGUUGCCAUUAAGACCCUGAAGGCGGGGUACACCGAGCGGCAGAGGCGGGACUUCCUGAGCGAGGCCAGCAUCAUGGGCCAGUUCGACCACCCCAACAUCAUCCGUCUGGAAGGCGUGGUCACCAAGAGCCGGCCGGUCAUGAUCGUCACGGAGUUCAUGGAGAACGGGGCUCUGGACUCCUUCCUGAGGCUGAAUGAUGGCCAGUUCACAGUGAUCCAGCUUGUGGGAAUGUUGAGGGGUAUUGCGGCCGGGAUGAAGUACCUCUCUGACAUGAACUAUGUCCACCGUGAUCUGGCUGCGCGCAACAUUCUGGUCAACAGCAAUCUGAUGUGCAAGGUGUCCGACUUUGGGCUCUCCAGGUUCCUUGAGGACGACUCCACUGACCCGACCUACACCAGCUCUCUGGGGGGUAAGAUCCCCAUUCGCUGGACAGCCCCGGAGGCCAUCGCCUACAGGAAGUUCACCUCCGCCAGCGACGUGUGGAGCUAUGGCAUCGUCAUGUGGGAAGUGAUGUCAUACGGAGAACGGCCAUACUGGGACAUGAGCAACCAGGAUGUGAUCAACGCGGUGGAACAGGACUACCGGCUGCCCCCGCCCAUGGACUGCCCGACCGCCCUCCACCAGCUCAUGCUGGACUGCUGGGUGAAGGAGAGGAACCUGAGGCCGAAGUUCCCUCAGAUCGUCAACCAGCUGGACAAGCUCAUCCGUAACGCAGCCAGCCUUAAGGUGGUCACCAGCACGCACACAGGGGCCUCCCAACCCCUCCUAGACCGCUGCAUCCCCGACUACACCACUUUCGCCACUGUGGGUGACUGGCUGGACGCCAUCAAAAUGAGCCGCUAUCAUGACAGCUUCCUCAAUGCCGGCUUCACUUCCUUCGACGUGGUGGCACAGAUGACCGCAGAGGACCUUCUACGGAUAGGAGUGACAUUGGCCGGCCACCAGAAAAAGAUUCUAGGCAGCAUUCAAGACAUGAGGGUACAGAUGAACCAAACACUGCCCGUCCAGGUCUGAAGAAGUGUACCCUCCGCCCGGAGCCAAUGGAAAACCCCAGCUGCCUGACCGUCUCUGCCAAUCAGAAAACUGGCUUGCAGUGCCUCAGACUUUAUAUUCUCCUCUCGUGUUCCCGCAUCAUUUGCUGCGUUUCCUCCAAAAAAAAGGUGUAAUUUCGUUACUUUGAACUUUUUGAAAAACAAUCAGCAUCUCACGUGGUGCUUCCAGGGGUACAUUUGCAUGCACUUGUGUGUUUGGUGCGGCUCCGUCGGGACUUUCUGUACCAGUUUCUGUAACUGUCUCUUGUCAGAUCCCUCCUUCUUUUCUCACCCAAGGGACUUGGACAUAGAUGGGGAAAUGACAGACAGUGGUUUGAGGAAAACAAAACGUGAACUGAUGUAGUCACGAUAAAGGAAAAAGUGUUUUAUGGCAAGGAGAUAUCUGAUUUUUCAUCUGUUUCUUUAUUCAUGUCUUCAUAUUGAAGAUGUUUCAUGGAAAGGGUACAACUGUGAAAGUGUCGAAGGAAGAGAAUGAGACAUUUUGCAUUAGUCUGGUAUUGGGAGAAAGAGAACUGACGUGGCUUGGUUUUAAAUACCCGCGAGGUGGAACUACAAAAGAACUUGACAAAUUAUUUUCUGAACCGGCACGUUUAACAAACAGGAAUUCUGGAUGGUCUGAAAAAUUUGGGAAAACUGCAGUUUUUUUUAAACAACUAUUGCAAUGGCUAUUAAUGUUUGUGUUGGCCAUGUUUUAUUAUCAUUUUUUUGUUUCAUGUUUUUUGGAGACUCAUAUCAGCAGGUAAUUUUUGUGAAUCUCCUUGCGUGUCCUUGACUUUUCAGGACAGUGGGCAUAACUGAGGGAGUCAAGGACAAUGCAGAAUCGAUGGACAGGGUGACCUGCCUUAAAUUUGUGUGUGAGAGUGCUUACUAGAGGCAUAACACACAAAUACUGUACAAUACAGCUUCAACUAUGUGCCACAGUGGAAGGUUUGCGCAUGAACCGAAUUGUAACAAGAAAAAUGAAUUUCUUAAAAAGCACGGCUGUUUGUUCAUUGGAAGUUUUUAUAUUUUUUAUUGGAUCCAAAAUGAAAAUAUAUAUGCAUUGCUCAGAAAUUCAAAGCGACCGUGAAAGGGACCUUAAAUAUCUAUCUACAGCUAUUGAGUUACGUAUUAUCUCAUUCUUCUUCAUUUGUUCUCCAUUGUUCUGGUUCAUUUAUUCAUCAGCUUCCUGGACAAGAGGCCAUUGGAACUGUGGACUAAAAAAACAAGAACACAAGGUCAUUGCUGUCUCAUAGAAAAAAAAGGAUGUGGUGUUAUUUCUGUUCCAAACAGCCUGUUCUGUAUAUGUGACAAAAAAUAUAAAAGGACAUUCAACAAUACGGAUACACUGUAGAGGACGUAUUAUGAGAUUGUUGGAUGUAUUCAGAUAUCGGAAGAACAACAAUUGAUUGGAAGAGAGGCGUCUUGAAGAAUGGAGAUCUGGGAAGACAAGUUGAAAUGAAUGGAUUUACACCCAGAGCAUUGGCAAUUCUAUGUGUCCCCAAAAUCAUAGCUCAGUUGCAUUUUUGUAGUUUUUCUGGUGUACUGGAUUCAGAAACAAGCCGAGCUGCACAUGCUUUGCUUUGAAAUUUCUAGUGCAAUAAGUUUUCCCAUAUGUAAAAUGUUAUUUUUCUGUAUGUAUAAGCUCUUCUCUUUUGUAAUUAAGAAACAAAGAAUAUCAUCUUUAUUCUCUUGAUUCUGUUAGCUUCCAUAGCUGCUCACCCCUUUUCACUUCAAUGCAUACAAUUACACUUGAUUCACUGUUGAGAGUUCCUUGUAGACUGCUGAGCAUGGCUGUUUAUCUGUGGCAAAUGGUAGAUUUGCUUUUAUGUAUCAGGAGACAUGACAAAACGUAGCUCUCCCUGGUGGAGCUCGAUGACAGAGCCCCAUCCACGUGAUUCCCACAGCAGCGGCUCCAUUGCUCCGCUCGGUGACAGAGCCCCAUCUGGAAUGUUCUAAUAGAGGAGGCUCCACUGCUGAGCCCAGUGGCAGAGUCCCAUCCAGAACAUUCCAAAAGCUGAGGCUUCGCCGUUGAGUCCAGUGACAAAGCUGCAUCUCAGGGCUCAAUUAUUUAUGGCAUUGAAACCACAGAUUCGGAUUCUUCCACCACAGUCAAAAGUGGAAAUGUGGCCCACACCUGUCAAAGCAAUUAGCAUAGCAUACAAGACCUGUCAUAUGGAAAAAAACAUAUUUACUUCGAUGGAUUGCCAGCUGACUUAACUGUCCGUUUCUUCUACCCGGCCAACCUUUUACAAUUUGAAUCUGGCACAGUUUUAUUGUAAACCCCUUUGGUAGCACCGUACGCAGCCUGUCAGAUCGGCAUAGGUUUGGCCUCAUGCGCAAAGCCUAGGAAAUGAUAAUACAUUAUGGCUCACCAGGACCUUAGCGCUGAGGCUGGAACAAGAGCUAUUGGAAUGGACCACACACUCACUGCGAUAGAUGGGCCAUGGUCCGUGCUUUAACAUUGAGAUUAAUGAGCAGCCUAUGAAGACUCUUGGAUGAAUAUUAUUGAGAAAGGAAAUGCAAUAUAUGCUAAUAUAUUACUUCUGGUCUGUGACAGUAACAUAUUGUUGUGUCCCCCUGGGACAAGCCUCUAGGACAUUAUGAUUUAUCAGGACAUUUGGCAAAAAACACAGCCAUGCUCAUGGCCUAUUUAGUUUUCAUUUAUAAAGGGCAUAUUAACUCGGAAAUGACAACAACGUGCAACUUUUGAUCCAUUGCUCUUCCCCAUGAGAAAUACAUAUUUUCUUUCAGUUUUUAUUUUGUUUCUUACUGCAACAAUCAAAAUACCUGGUUGUCAGUUUUUGAAAGUGGUGCUCCUACCUAAUAAAAAAAAAAAAAAAUUAAGUUGCGAAAUAAAAACAACCUUUUUUGUUCAUCAGUGCAUUCCAUACCAAUGUCAGUUAUAUACAUUGUACAACAAGCCCUACAAAUAUGGAAGCACCACCCCUCCUAUUAUACGUUAAGAAAAUUAAUGAAUUAAUAAUUAGGAUCUUGUUGGAGAUGAGAACAAUAUUUAUGAGCGGGUGUAUUGUAAUUACCAUGGUUGUCUAAUUGCUGAACUUUCUGCAAAGAAAAGCUAAACCACUUAAUGAAACAAGAUGAUAAAUGUAAGUAAAUUAAAUGGAAAUGGCUUCAUCAAAUCAGAUGGAUUGGAUUUUCACUCUAACAUUAAAAUGGAACCCUGUAAGUGUGUGUGUGUGUGUGUGUGUGUGUAAGAAAGAGAGAUAGAGAGAGAGCCUAUUUUAAAUAAAUUAGGACUGGUGAAUAGUGUUCCACAAGACUGAAUAAUUAUAAUUAUAAUUAUAAUAAUAAUAAUAGUUAUAAUAACAACAUUAACAAGAAGAACACCUGAGAGCAUUUUGAAACAUCAAUUUCCUUGAUUUCAAGGAAUACAAAAACAUGCAGCGAAUGACAACAUCAGAAAUUAAUAUGAAUAAUACCUGUGUUCAUAUACCUUAAGAAACGUAUGUGGCUUCACAUCAUAAUCAUAAUACGCUUCCAAUAUAUGCAGAAUUUUCUUAAGAUGUGAAGGAAACUGGAAAGGCAUUUCUUAAUCUCUGGUACAUAGAAGCUUUAUUUUGAGUACACACAUAUAACCACUUUUUAGUACCUACAUCUUGUAGCUUAAGAAAUGUGUCACAGAAGUUGCUUUUCAAGUUGCUUUUUUUUUUUUUUUGACAAGACACUCUUUAUGAUUUAAUUACCCAUUGUGUACUCAGGUUGUUUAUCCUGAGACUGCUUAUAAUCAUAGUCUACUGUCUCUUCUCAAUGUUGAUUGAAGCUGGAAUGGGAGCAUCACGAUGCUACUGAACUAUAUUUCACCAGCCCCCAAAUUCUCUUAGAUAUUGUUUGGUGCCAAUGUCUCUUCCAGCCCUUUUAAAUGUUUGUGUCCCAACAUUCCAUCAUUUACAAUGCCACCCUUUCCAUAUGCAGCCAUGUUGUGUCCUGAAUUUUUUUUGUUUUCUGUUAUGGUUUUGUAUGCUUUUUUGUAAACAAACACAUAAAAUGCCUGUCUUCUAGUCACUUUCUGUAUGAAUACAUGUGUGAGAGAGUACUGUACCUAUAUAGUAAGAACAGUUGGAAUGCAAUUGUUUUUCUCUUUGAAAAAACAUGAUGUAUUUAAUGGUGAAGACAAAAAAACUGAAAAAAAUGCAUUCUUGUAGAAAUAUUUUUAAAAUAACUUUUUUUGCAAUUAAAUUAUUUAAGAAAUUUAUGAUAA